AUGCCACGCGGUGGAUUGGGUAAUAUGCCAGAAACCGGCAUUCCAGCCUAUUGGGGGUAUUGCUUUACCCCUUCGAGUUCCAUAGAGCUCAAGCACGCAGAUAAACUCCCUCUCCUUCAGGUUAGCGGUGAUUUUGCGGAGGCCUGGACUUCUCAAAGUUUCCUCACUUUUCCCUUCCGUCCUCACACAAUCUCUGCGAAACCCGGCCUUUCAUUGAGGGGGGAGAGAAAGAUUGGAAAGGUUGAGAGGAUGACUAACUAAUCAGGUUUUUGAAACUAUCUCGGGUAAUGGCACGCUCAUCAUAUGUCUUUGGUAUGAUACGGUAGGAAUGCCUGCAUGAGCUUAAUAUUAAUUUGGCGAGAACUCCCAAGAAGUGCAAGUAUCGUAUUGGUUGGGGCAGGUAUUCUAGCAGGGAUGGGUGAGUGCUAGGGUGCAGGGGCAUUUCCAUGGCGUUAUCGGUGGCUGGUACUUGUAAGCUCGGGUUCGAACCAAAGUUGCCAUCGAGUGAUACCCGAUGAUCGCCUUCUCGGCGAUUCCUGGCCAACUUAUCACCUGUUACCACUGCCGUAGUCACCAGUGCACUCUCACAACACCACGCCCUCCCCUAAAAGCAAAAAGCGAAUGAAAAUGGAACAGUGAAAAAAUUAGGCAAGGUUUUUUUUUUUUCUCUCACUUUUACUCUGCAGCAGCACAACAGCGAUGCCCGGCCUGCAUAAAUUUCCGUUUAUUUCCGAAGAGGAGUUUGCGGAGGGAUGUGUUCGGCUGGGCGAGAGGCUGGAGAGGGGAGGAAUUGGAGAGGCGGUGUUGAGUCAUGAGACGGGGGGUGUUUACGGCUUAAUUAUGAGGCGCGAGCUAGUCGUCUGCCUCCGGGACUAUGGAAAUGAAGGUGAGGAUAAAGAUGAAAAAGUGCAAAACGGAGGUGUUAUUGAAGCCGAAGACGGCGACGAUGACGACGACGACGAGUCUCUCCACCCCCCCUCACCAUCACGCUGGAAAGUAGAAUACCAAAUCCUCCUAUCCAAGACCUACGAGCUACCAAUCUUGUACUUCAACUUGUACCCCCCCUCCACAUUGCAGAUCCCAGCGAGCCUGCAACAGGUCUACGAAAACCUAACGUCCACCACGACCCGUGAUGCUCUCAAGAGCGUAGGCGUUCAGGGCGCAAUAUCGCAGACGGACCACCCGGUGCUCGGGGUACCGUACUAUUUUGUGCACCCGUGCAAUACUGCUGCGGCGAUGAGCGAGUGGCAGCGGCGCCGGGAUGGGGGGGAGGACUUCGACGCAGAGAAAUAUUUGACCGUGUGGAUUGGGGUAGUCGGGGGUGCUGUGGGGUUGUUUUUGCCAAGUGAGUGUAUGACUUGAUUGGUUGGUGGGUGGUGGGUGGUGGUGCG